AUAACCCUGAAUAAACCGUAAUUAAUUAAUUUACAGUUUUAUUUGGCUCCAAAUUAUAAUAAUGGCGACGAGAAAAUAACGUUAUACGCGUGUGGACUGAAAUACGUCAAGUUUUAGAUAAAAAAAGUAAAUACUUUAUAUUAGUGAUACUCGUGUGAGGUAACCUUCAAAUGUCUCUGAGUGAACGUUUUGGGAGUGAUAUUUCUCUAAAAAAGACUAGUUUUGUGCAAACUUUAAGCAAAAGUGAACUAUUACAAAUAUUAGAAGAAUUGCAUCUGGACCACGAGUGUGAAACAAUCGACGAAUUAAGGAAAUUUCUAAGGGACGCGAUCAAAAGUGGACAACCUUUGAUAACCGCCGGGAAGCUUCUAAAGACUCGAGAAACGCAGGAAUUACCAGUAAUGGCGGUGAAUUAUGUUAAUUACCACAUAGAACCCUUUGAUGGACGAGACUUUGACACAUUCGAGUUGCAAUUGCAGUGCUUGAUUAGCUUGAAUAAUGUGCCGGAGGAUAAGAAAGUAGCUCUGCUGAUCACUAAAAUUACACCAAAAGUAUUGGAAACCCUUAAUCAUAUAUAUGCUCCUGCAAAACCAACAGAAAAGUCAUUUACUGAUCUCAUCAAGCUAUUAGAGGUAGAAGAUAGAUACAACAAAUCCACAUCUGUUCCUGUGGAUCGAGCAGAAUUUAGGAAAUGUAACCAGAAAGCAGAAGAAAGCAUAGAAGACUACAUUAUACGACUGAAGAAAGCAGCCAAAAAAUGUAAUUUUAAGGAUUUCAAGGACCAGGUCAAAGAAAAAUUAAUCGACGGAGUGUAUUCAUCUCUUGUUAAGUUUGAAUUACUUAAGAACGGCAACCAGACACUUGAUGAAUUAACCACUUUAGCAAGGACUGUAGAGGCGGUGUGGCUGCAGAUUAAAAUGAAGAUGCCACUGGAGGAACCAGCCUCUAGUAUGUUUUUUGUCAAGCGGAAUACACAGAGUAAGCCAAAACAAAUUCCGAAUAAAGCCAACCGUGAGUCAACAGCAUCCGAGGCUAUAAGUUCUGAAGAAGAAUAUGCUGUUGAUACACAAUGGCUGAGCGAUUUACAAUUUAGAACGAGAACUGGGUUAGAUGUUGACAUUAACUUGCCAUGGACCAUGGAUUCUGAAAAAUGUGAACUGACGAAACCAGACGGUACGACUGUAGAUGUUGGAGAUGAAAUCGCCGGCGUUACAGCACACACCAGUACCCACUACGUCUCGUGCAGGGUAGUGGUUGGGCCUAUGGAUGCUUCGCUGCUCGGAAACUGGACUCUAUGUGGAUCUUACGAGGAAGAUAACGUAAAACACAGACUUUGCCAGAAUGUUGAAAUCAUUUGGAGAAGUACUUUAAACCCUGACUCCUCAUGGCAGACGACAACCAAUGCAAGAUUCAAUCACGUAGUUAACUUUCGCGGUACCCUAACUCCUGCUGUGCGCGGCUUUGGCUCGGUAGUCUCCUGCCAUUUGGUGACUCCUAAUGAUGAGGACUUGGUCGUUACCCGGGACAGAGAGUACCCUGACAUCAAGUUGGCUCAGGAGACGGAUUCUAUCUGUAGUAUCGCUAUUGGGCCGAUAGCGGAACGGCAUUUGGCAAAUUGGACAGUCUACGGGACCUUUGAUUCCUCUUUGUGGGGAUACAAUGAAGUUCGUCAGCCUAUUAAUAUGGACUUAUACAGUAAAAUUCACCCAUACGAUCAAGCAUACAACGUAACAACAUUGAACCCCACUCAGCAUGUAGCCAACUUGGGCAGCACUGUCUUCUUGGAGGUGGCAGGCACUGGUGUCGUCGACGUCUGCCAGUUCACCAUGCCAUCCGGAGAGUCGUACUGGUCUACAGGAUCCAUGCCGACCGGAGCAAACUUCGUUUCUCUCAACAGGGUAGCUUGCAGGCUAUCCAUUGGACCUAUAACGGCCAAUAUGAUCGGAGACUGGCGACUUAUUGGAAGGUUCAGUAAUCGCGAUGUGCAUACAGAGAACAGACUUUCGUUUACUAUCAUAGAAGAAGACCCAAGUAACCCUAUAGAAGAAGAUAUAGAAAAUCUGAACCAACAAUUAAUUGAUACCAGCAUUGGUGCAACUACCAAACAGACUACCUCGGCCAUGACGCCUGAGAUUGACCCUCAGUUCGUCUACAACCCAGACCCAAAUUCACAGAAGGAACAGGAAGACUCAAAGAAGCUGAAGGUGGAGACAUCGGGUUCCUCGAGUCCUCAAGAGGUGCACUUCGCGCUGUCGCUGGUGCCGCUGCUGCACGCUCAGCCGCCGCGCGUCAGGCUCGACGCUGAAGGAGACAUCUUGACGCUGUACACACUCGUCGAGAGGCCCCGAGACAGGCUGAGAACAAUUGUAUACAUACUGCUGCCUUCUCGUCUCGUAUCGCCCUACUCCGAUUGGGUCGGAGCAGUGCUGAGACUCAGCGAGAGGCUCUCGAUGAGUGUGUACAUCCAGCAUGAGGAUCCUAAUGCCCAGAACCAGAUUUGGGAAUUAAACAGCGGCCUAACCGACCUGGUUGUUGGACCGGACUCCGCCGUCCACUGCCAACUCACCAACCCCUCUGGCAACAUCGCUUUCGAUGACUUCGGCCCGUGCAGGGUCAACAUUGACCGGGUCACGGAGCAGCACAGUGGGGUGUGGACCAUGAGCAUAAUUCAGCAGAAUAAUGUGCUGGCCGUACAGCAGAGUUUCACUGUACAGGUGACUUCUGCAGCCGCAGACUCCAAGCCCACGAUAUCAACGAGCGUUCAGCAGGAGAAGCCUCUAGUCAAGCUCACCUGCUCCAUGAUGAGCGCUGAGGUGAUCACAGCCUGCGUGUUUAGAGACCCCUCCGGUCGAUUAUUCCAGACUCGCCAAGGCGUCUCUGAGGACCGAUACAGCUUCAUUGAAAGUUCUACAGCCGGCGUGCAAAGUUGCGGUAUAGAGAUCAACGGACCCCUGACUUCAGAUCUGGGUCUGUGGCGCUGUGACCUCCAAACCACUACGGAUACCUACUUUGGCCAUCUGUCCGUGCUGUGCCCCUGGGCCAUGCAAGACCCUGAAAUAGCGGCGUCUGUUAUCUCAGUUCCUACUCUGAGCAGUCAGACCAAGGAUCAGGUGGUGAUUGAAGGAGACAGUGUGACUAUGUCCUGCUCAAUCCAGACAGCCAUACGUUAUUGCUAUUUCCGAGCGAGAAACGGAACGAUCUUCAAUGUAAGGCCUGGUAUGAUGACUUCCUCUUCCAUGGAGUACGUCGGAGCCAGUCUGGAGGCAGGAGAGUGCGGCGUGCGCUUCCCUUCGCUGGUACCUACCGAUAGCGGCACUUGGAGCUGCCACGUCGGCUUCCCAGACAGCAGCGAGGAUGAACAGCGUGUGCAGUUCUCCAUUCAAGUACAAGAACCGAUAUCCGCUAGCCAGUUCGUGGAAGGCAACGAGUUGGUGGUAGAGGGAAUAGUCAAUGGAAAUCCAGCGCUUGACUACUGUAGAUUCGUCCGCAUUGAUGGACAAGGAUUCACUUCUGACAACGUACCAGCUGGUUACACCGACAGCAGCUCCCUUAGCCAGGGUCAUUGCAAGAUCCGCGUGGCGUCACCCACGAUCCUGGAACACCACCCCUGGACCGUCGUGGCCAAAGCCCAAGGCCAGGACGCGGAACUGGCGCAGUCCACCGAUCAUACUAUCGAGAUGCCCCCUCCAGAUCGCCCGGUGACUUGGUGGAUAUACGUGAUGUUAGCAGUAGCACUUGUGGCGCUGGUGGCCGCGUUCGCCUUUAAACGGAACCGCCGCUGGGCCGCCGAGACCGCCGCUGGCCUCCGCGAUAGCUUCAGGAAGCUACCCUACCCUGAACAGGAGAAGCCGCCCCUACCGGCCUAGUCAUAUCUGAAUUAGAAGAGUAAACUGGCAGCUCCACGCGUGUAUUUCAUAAGAUUAGUAUUUCAUGAUGCGGUGUUACCGCAUUGACAUACAUAUAUCUAAGGACGGGCCUUACGGGCAAUAAGAAUGGGGCCAGUACAGCGGUGCGCAGUCUAACGCCACAAAGCGAAUGGUUGAUGAGUUCGCAUCACGCGCGCGAUUGAUUGGAACUGGUACACGAUUGAUUGAUUGUACUGGCUGCACGAUUGGCUCGAAUUCGUGAGUGAAACCACUGAACUAGCACCAUUCGUAGUGCCCGAUUCACUUUGGUGCCCGUAAGGCCUAUCCUUAGAUAUAUGUCAAUGUGUUACCGUAUAUAAAUAAAAUAAAUAAAUAUCAAGUAAAUAGUAUAUUUAAUUCGCCUAGACAUUGUUUUUCUCAAUGCCUUCUUAAUCAUAUGUUUACUUGUUUACAACUUUAUAUGAAUAUGCUUAAAAAUAAUUUACAAACUGCUGCCUGAUUACUCUUCCUGCUUCUGGAUAUCAUUAUAGCCUGCUUAGUAAUCUCUGCCACUUUAUAUAUAUGUUUUUGAAUAUAUUUAACUGUGAUAAUAUAAUAUGUAAAUACAAUGCAAAUAAAUUAUUUCACCAGUAAA